AUGACUGAAAAAGAAAUUACCAUGGAGCAGUUAGAAGAAACCGUAAAACGCACAGAUGAACAACUAGAUCUUAUGGAGUGGAAAAUGGAUAAUGUGGAGAAGCAGAUGGUUGAACCUUUAUGCAAUCAAGAUGUUUGUCUUGUGAAUCUACUCAAAUCUGUCUCUGAGGUGCGUUCCGACUACCAACAGCUGCGGGCCGAGCUGGUGGAGGUGCAGGCCUUGCAGAGAGAGCUCUCGACGCGGCUGCGCACUCAGUUACGUCUUGUUCAUGGAAAGUUUGCGCGAUUACGCCAACGUAUCGCCGCCGCAUCGCCUCCGCGC